ACAGAGCAACCGAAACAUUAUCAAUCGAGAUAUCAUAACGAGGUACGUCACCUUGGCAUCGCAGUUGUCACACCUCUGGCAAAGCCUGACUUCAAACUCAGUUAGUAUCAUGUCCUCAAAACAAACCAAUACCUUUAGUCCCGCUGGCGACCAGGCCAAGCAGGCUGCGUCCAAGACACAACAAGGCGCAAGCACCUUGAAGUCACAACAGGACCCUACCUCUGGCUGGAGUAUCGAAGAGAUGCUCGAGACCGGAAUGGAUAAGGACGGAAACAUCGUUUCGGAUCCUUACUCCUAUAUCGACGGUGCUAAGCUGAGCAAAGGCCAGCACGGUCACCCGGAAGCGGAUGAAGUGUCUGCCUCACUCGAUGACUUCGACUAAGUUGCGCAGAGUCCGUUUCAGACUGAUGUUCCCUACCAGACUGGGUAUUUGAGAGUCGGCGGACGCCGUCGCUGCGAGUUGAUGGAUGUCGCUUCACCAUGUCAACACGCUCAUUUUGACAUGUAGUUAUCAAACAAACCCAAAUCAAGUAAAUAAACCAGUAAAUAAUUGAAUGCAUGAAUGUUAAAGAUAUGGAUCGAACUGGGGAUGAUAGCCAAACGAGAGGGGAGUCAUUGCUAUGGCAACCGCCCGCACUGAGAUAGGCCUAGAGCUGCCUCAGGCUCCACGCGAUUCUCAAUCCGGCA